CUGCGGUGCGCUCACGCUGCUCUGGCAUUUCUGUAUUUUUAUCCUCCGCGUGCGGCAGCAGCAGCAUCAGCGGCAGCGAUGGCUCGAGCUCUUCUUCUUCCAGCACUUUAACGAACGCACGGGACGCACGAGCUUUGCUUCACCGCUGACUGUGGUUUCUGCGUUUUUCCCUCCCUCUCUCUUUCUCUCCCCCUCUCUGUUCUCUCUCUCUUCUCUGUGAAAGGAAGGAAAGAAAGGAACGGGGCAAAAAAAAAAGAAAAGAAAACCGAGCACCGGAGGAAGAAGGCGUGAUGGCACGAGAGCGAGCGCGCAAGAGAUGCGGAUCUGCCCCAGGACGCGCGUAGACACACGGACGCACGGGAUAUACGCGAGCGCUCUUUCGGACAUCAUUGGGAAGGGGGAUUGAGGACCGAAUCACCCCUGGCAUUUUGCACGCGGGGGCAUUUUCAGCAGGGGCAGAUAGAUAUAGACUGGUAUUAAGCCCCCCCGGAUCGCCGGUGGCGCGCGGCGGCGGAGGAGGAGGAGGAGGCGGCGACGGGACUGUGGAAAGAGCGAGCUUUCCCAGCUGAUUUGCUGAUUCUGGACCGCCACUCGGAAGAUGCAGCAAAGCCAGCACUCUCAUUGGCUAGGAUUUCAGGAGCAGAGCUGAAAGCCGAAUGCAUCAGAAGACUACUCACCUAAUUAGGAGUCCAUCAAUCACAAGGGGUCCUGGAGAGAGGACGUUUUCUGACUGUUGCUGUGUCUUCCUCCGUCUUUUCGCAUCUGCAGCGGCGUACACAAACCAGGUAAAGGUGUAGAGGCCCACAGAAGUCCAGAAUUCGGGCUGAGCCCAGUCCAACCCCACUGACUUAAUAUCACUCGCCUACUGGUUCAUCUGAGAGGAGCAUCUUUACCAACGUCAGUCUGCUUGCUGUGAAGGGAGGGGCCAUGUGGGCACUACGGAUGCUCCUAUUGGCCAGCUUGCUGGGGCCUGCUGCUCUGGCGUUUAGCCGUGCCCCGGUGCCGAUGGCUGUGGUGCGCAGGGAGCUGUCCUGCGAGAGCUAUCCAAUCGAGUUGCGCUGCCCUGGCACUGAUGUCAUUAUGAUCGAGAGUGCAAACUACGGCCGGACAGACGACAAAAUCUGCGACGCAGACCCCGCGCAGAUGGAGAACACGCGCUGCUACCUGCCCGACGCCUACAAGAUCAUGAGCCAGAGAUGUAAUAACAGGACUCAGUGUGCGGUGGUUGCUGGACCGGAUGCUUUUCCUGACCCCUGUCCUGGAACCUACAAAUACCUGGAGGUUCAGUACGAGUGUGUGCCAUACAAAGUGGAACAGAAAGUUUUCCUGUGCCCAGGCCUUUUGCGGGGAGUGUACCAAAGUGAGCAUCUCUUCGAAUCGGACCAUCAGUCAGGUGCCUGGUGCAAGGACCCUCUGCAAGCCUCAGAGAAGAUCUACUACAUGCCUUGGACACCUUAUCGCACGGAUACACUUACUGAGUAUUCCAGCAAGGAGGAUUUUGUGGCAGGUCGUCCCACCACCACCUACAAGCUUCCUCACAGAGUGGACGGCACGGGAUUUGUGGUCUACGAUGGGGCACUUUUCUUCAACAAGGAGCGCACUAGGAAUAUUGUCAAGUUUGAUCUUCGGACUCGCAUCAAGAGCGGUGAGGCGAUCAUUGCCAGCGCCAACUAUCACGAUACCUCCCCGUACCGCUGGGGAGGAAAGUCUGAUAUAGAUCUUGCAGUUGAUGAAAAUGGUCUUUGGGUGAUUUACGCUACUGAAUCCAACAACGGACGCAUUGUGAUCAGCCAGCUCAACCCUUAUACUCUGCGGGUGGAGGGAACCUGGGAUACGGCCUACGACAAACGCUCAGCUUCUAAUGCCUUUAUGAUCUGUGGGAUUCUCUAUGUGGUAAAGAGCGUUUAUGAGGAUGAUGACAGCGAGGCCACGGGCAACAAGAUUGACUACAUCUACAACACAGAGCUGGGCAAGGAUGGAUUUCUGGACAUCCCUUUCCCAAACUCCUAUCAGUACAUCGCAGCCGUGGACUACAAUCCUAGGGACAACCUGCUGUAUGUGUGGAAUAACUAUCACGUGGUCAAGUACUCUCUGGAUUUUGGAGCUCUGGACAGUCGACCAGAGUCUUCAUCAUCUGUUCACAUCUUAAUGGACACCACGACCACCAGGACCACCACCCGUCCCACCACGGUCUCCAUGUCCACCACCACCACUACCACUACUACUGGCACCUCAAUGACGACCAGGACCACAACUACAAAGGCUCCACCCCUGACCACUGUUUUCCCACGCACCACCGCCGUUGAGUUACAGCCUGCAGGGGGCGUAGUUCCAGACGCGAGCACACGGCCGCCGCCCUCUUCCCUCCUGCCUAAUAUAGCUGUGGAGUUCUGCAACCCCACCGUGGAGGCGGAGCUAAACUGGCCCAAAACACGCCAAGGCCUGGUCGCCCUGCAGCCGUGUCCUGCUGGAACUUUAGGCACAGCUUCAUUCGCCUGUAUGGGACCUGAAGGAUUGUGGGAUCUGCAGGGACCUGAUCUCAGCAACUGCACUUCAGCCUGGGUUAACAUCAUCAACCAGAAGAUAAAAGCUGGAGAGCCAGCAGCCAUCAUCUCCCGGGAGCUUUCAGAGCAGACUAAAAGCAACGUCCACGCUGGGGACAUCACCUACACAGUCCGAGCGCUGGGUCAGCUGGUGGAGCUGCUGGACGUCCAGCUCCGGAAUCUGACCCCCGGGGGCAAGGACAGUGCCGCCCGCAGCCUCAAUAAGCUGCAGAAAAGGGAACGCUCCUGUCGAUUUUUCGUCCAGGCGAUGGUGGAGACGGUGAAUAACUUGCUGCAGCCUCAGGCGCAGUCGGCGUGGAGAGAGCUGUCGGCCGGCGAGCAGCUCCGUUCCGCCACCAUGCUGCUGGACACCGUGGAGCAGGGUGCCUUUGUGCUAGCUGAUAAUCUGCUCAAGACGGACGUGGUCCAGGAAAACACCAAUAAUAUCCAAUUGGAGGUGGCACGGAUGAGCACUGAUGGAAACCUUCCGGAUCUGAAGUUUCCGCAAACUGGGGACCAGAGCAACUCCAUACACCUGUCAGCCAACACCCUGAAGCAGCAUGGUCGGAAUGGUGAGAUCCGCAUGGCGUUUGUGCUGUAUAAGCACCUGGGCAUGUACCUGUCCACAGAAAACGCCAGCAUGAAGUUCAGCAGCGAAGCCCUCGGCACCAACUAUUCUGUCAUCGUCAACUCCCCCAUAAUCACAGCUGCCAUCAACAAAGACAGCAACAAGGUUUACCUGUCCGACCCGGUCAUAUUCACCGUCCGUCACAUACAGCAGUCAGAGGAAAACUUCAACCCCAACUGCUCCUUCUGGAGCUACUCCAGACGCAGCAUGACUGGUUUCUGGUCCACACAGGAUUGCCGCCUCCUAGGAACUAACCGAACACACACCACCUGCUCCUGCACACACCUCACCAACUUCGCUGUGCUCAUGGCCCACGUGGACGUCAAGAACGCUGACCCUGUGCAUGACCUCCUGCUGGACGUGAUCACGUGGGUGGGGAUAUUACUCUCCCUGGUGUGUCUGCUCAUCUGCAUCUUCACCUUCUGCUUCUUCCGCGGCCUGCAGAGUGACCGCAACACCAUCCACAAAAACCUCUGCGUAUCGCUCUUCAUCGCUGAAACGCUCUUCCUCACCGGCAUCAACCGCGCUGAUCAGCCUAUUGCCUGUGCUGUGUUUGCGGCCCUGCUGCAUUUCUUCUUCCUGGCAGCGUUCACCUGGAUGUUUCUGGAGGGUGUUCAGCUCUACAUCAUGCUGGUGGAGGUGUUUGAAAGCGAACACUCGAGGAAGCGUUAUUUUUACCUGACUGGAUAUGGCAUUCCCGCACUCAUAGUGGCGGUUUCUGCUGCGGUGGACUACAGGAGCUACGGGACAGAGAGAGUGUGCUGGUUGCGUUUAGACACAUACUUCAUCUGGAGUUUUAUUGGGCCUGCCACCCUCAUCAUCAUGCUGAAUGUCAUCUUCCUUGGCAUCGCCCUCUACAAGAUGUUCCACCACACGGCUAUCCUGAAGCCUGACUCCGGCUGUCUGGACAACAUUAAUUAUGAGGACUAUGAGCCGGAGAUAAAGUCGUGGGUGAUCGGUGCUAUAGCCCUGCUGUGUUUGCUGGGUCUGACCUGGGCGUUUGGCCUGAUGUACGUGAACGAGAGCACAGUGAUCAUGGCCUAUCUCUUCACCAUCUUUAAUUCUCUACAGGGAAUGUUCAUCUUCAUCUUCCACUGCGUCCUGCAGAAAAAGGUGCGUAAAGAGUAUGGAAAGUGUUUGCGGACUCACUGCUACAGUGGAAAGAGUGUUGACUCCUCUAUGGGCUCCAGCAAAAGCUCUGCUUCUCGCGCACCUGGUCGGUACUCCAGCAGCUCACAGGUCCACCACCAGCCUUGUAUGACAAACUGCUCACAGUUACAGUAUGAACAAAGCCGUAUCCGUCGGAUGUGGAAUGAUACCGUAAGAAAGCAGUCAGAGUCGUCCUUCAUCACCGGAGACAUCAACAGCUCAGCCACCAUCAACAGAGGUGCUAUGGCCAACCAUCUCAUCUCAAACGCUCUCCUGCGACCGCACGGCUCAAACAACCCCUAUAACACUUUAGUUGGGGAUUCGGCCGUGUAUAACAACCCACCUCUCAGCAUGUACAACACGCAAGAGCCCUACAGAGAGACAAAGGGAAUCCUGAACAAUGCCCGGGAUACAAGUGUCAUGGAUACUCUACCACUGAAUGGUAACCACGGCAACAGCUACAGCCUGGCCGGCGCGGACUACGUGAGCGACUGUGUGCGGAUCAUCGAACGUGGCUUCGGUGGACCACAUCCGGAAACCACGCUGGAGAAGCGCAUCCUCAAAGAGCUCACCUCAAACUACUUGCCCUCUUACCUGAACAACCGCGAGCGUUCGGCCGAGCACAGCCGCAACCUCGUCAACAAGCUGGUCAACAACGUGGGGAAUGUGGCACACGUGAGCAACAUGACUCACGUCAGCAAUCUCACUAACCUCAGCAACAAUGGCAGCAUUCGAGGCAAGGAUUCAUCCGUUUUGCCCGUGGAUCUUGCGCUAGACCUGGACGAUUCGCCAGCUUUCGCGCCGGAUGAGGGUCUGGGCUUAGAGUUGAUCCGUGAGGAGUCAGACUCAGAUGCUCCGCUGUUGCCGCGGCAACGUCCCGCCCUCCCUGCCCAGCCCCUUUCAUCUUUUGGUUCUGGCCCCGCCCCUUCCGCCUCCCGUCGGCGUCUCCCUCAGGAGAACAGCGAGAGUUUUUUUCCUCUCCUGACAGACGAUCAGCGUGAAGACACGCCCGAGCCCCAGAGAGACUCACCUGAGUCAGCUGAGUCUCGGCCGGAUGCCCGAACGCUGCCCCGCGGAGGCGGAGACGGGCACUCACACGCCGAGGCUGAUGACGUGUACUACAAGAGCAUGCCCAACUUGGGCUCGCGGAAUCACCUGCACCAGCUGCACUCCUACUACCAGCUGGGCCGCGGCAGCAGUGACGGCUUUAUCGGCCCUGCCAGCAACAAGGACGAAGCAUCGUCAUCAUCUACUGACGGAACGCCGCAAGAGCCCCCACACCUCGUCACCAGCUUAUAGAGCAGUUUAUAGGUCUCCAAACUCUCGUCCUGGAGAUGUAACUUCUUGAAGAAUUUCUCGUUCCAAAAACUGUAUGUAUUUUGUAUUUUCACAAUUCCGCUGGUGUUUUAAUGGACCUAUUCAUGCACAGCUGUUUGGCUUAUCUAUGUUUAAGUCAUACAUGCAUUUGUGAACUGGAAAACAAAAUUGUUGUAAGGUUUUUUGAAUUAUGUUUGUCCAAGUCCUUCAAUCCUAGGAGACAUAGUUCUGAUCUCUCCUAACAGUGGGACAAAAGCUAUUUAAAUGAAAUUAUAUAAGGUUUUCCUGUAAGGUUAGACAACGAAACAAUGCAUUUAUGAUCUGAACAUGAAUGAGUGAACAGUUUGACACCACUGGACAGAAGAAAUUCCAUUCGGUCAGAAGUUAUCAAACAUGGUAGCAAAGCUAGCUAGCUAACUGUAAUGCAUGGCAAAGGUUUGUUAAAGAAAAUGAAACAUUAAGCCUUGCUAUAAUGUGCUUUAAAGGGUCUUCUAAGUGGCACCAUAGAAGAACCACAGAAAAGCUGUUCUUCUUUGGCAUCACUUAAUAACCAUUUGACGCACCAUAUUUUUAAGAGUGUAUCUCAAACGAUUGUGAAGGCAACCCCGAACCAUCAGUGGGCCCUUCUUUUGUCAGGGCUGGUCUCCCAAAAUUAAUAACUACAAUUUCAAUGAAUAGAGUUGUCAAUUUGAUUGAAGAUGAGGUACAUUAGCGCUAGCUGAGAAAGAGGGCUAGCAUGUUGGAUGAACUCUGCAGAGAAAGUGGAUCUUCAGGACGAGGUUUGGUGACCACUGGUGAAUCACUGCAAGUGCAACACUGAACCACCAGCUCCCUGUUCGCAAACACCAAUUAUACACACACACCAGACACACACACACACACACAAAUACACAACUUUCCAACUCACAACACCCCCCCCUCUCACCCCCACCGACUCACACAGAAGCCCUCUUCUCCCUGCGUGGUCUCCUUUGCUUUCCUGUACCGGUCACUUGUCCGCAGUCGUAAACAUUUCUUGUCCGUGUUCUCGUAAAAUCGGAAAACGGAAAUUGGCAAAACAAAAGACAAUGUGACAAACAUAUUCUGGACCUGCUUUUUUGUAUUUGAAUUCAAAAAGGAUUGGUGGGAUUGUGGGCACCAGUGUUGUUUGGAUGAUCUUUAACUGAAGACUCUCCAAUGAGGCUAUUUCCCAUGGUGGACUAAACUUCUCAUGGAUUAUCAGUGAUUUAGUGGGAAAAGAGCUAAAAAACUUUGUGUUUAAAGAAAAACUCAAGACAGAAACUUUUCUACUACUGACAGUAGUGCAUAGACUCAGAAGCAGUUGGAUUAAGAUGGAGAAGACACUGAAAAGACUAUUUUAUUACACUUCUUUAUCUGACAUUUGCUUUUUAAAUGUUUUUCUUCUUGUCGAUGGGUUCGGUACACUUUGCUGCAGAGGUCUCAAUAAGACGAGGCCAAAGGCUGGAAGUUUUAGUAAAAAGGCUUCGCAAAAAGGACGACUAUCACACAACAUGCCGUAGAGCAUAUUUUUUGUUUUUCCGUUUUUUGCUGUAUUAAUAACAAAUAUUAAAAAGUGGAGACAAAAAAACUAAUAUCAGAGAAUUAUAAGAUAUUUCUAUGUAAGUGUACAGCUACUAGCAAUUGAACAGUCUGCUUUUUUUUCCCCUUUCUCUGUAAGCGUGGUGAUUUAGAAUCGGUUCUUCAGGUCUGGACUUCAAUCCUGCUCUCAUCUUCUCUUCCUUUGUCGUUCUUCUUUCUUUUCAACAGCAGCAGCACAUAAUAAAAUUACAGAAAAAAAGCAAAAAAACAAAACAAAAAAAAAGAGCAAAAAAGGCCAUUCUACAGUUGUAACCACAGAUAAUUUUCCACCUCUAGACUUCAAAUGUUCAGCUUUUACUUAUUCUUUCCCAAAAUGUUGCAUUUUUUCAGACUGCGUUACUUCAGUGUGUAGAUAUAGGUGAUUAAAAAAAGACGAGGCGAAAAUACAAAUUCCUUGUGAAUUUAACAGCAGAGGAAGAAUCCAGUGAUGUGGAAUGGGGGAAAUGGGAUGAGUUCAUGCUGAUAAUGCACUAGGCACUUGUAUAAAAACAAACGAUGGGAAAGCUUCACUCAUUAAAGUUCGACAUUUGGAGCAAGAAAAACGCCACCCUGCCUGUCUGCGUUUUCAUUCCAGCUGACCAAGAAAAGACGGCUAUCGGUUAUUUAUUUCUGUUUCUGCAAAGAGGUGACAAAAUAACUGAAAAAGCAAUCUGCCCUAGUCCAUCAGUAAAAAUUCAGCGCACGUAUUAUAGUUUUACCAUCACAAAGAUGAUCAUGGAUUUUAUUUAUUCCUUUGCUUAUUUUUGCUUUCUUUUGUAUUGAUUUUUGAAGUUGAAUGACCUCCUAACUAAUAUUUGUUGUAACAGUGAAACUUGUUUGCCAACAAAUAAAUUACUGAUCAAGACUGAA